GCGGAACGUUUUCAGAUAAACUACCGGAAGUAAAUGUCAGUCGGACUCGAAAGGGCGAAGCACCGGCUGAAUACAUGUGAGGUUUGUUGCUGAAAUAACUGAUGCUGCUCCUCACACAUCAGUAGAUGUCUGGAUGGCCGUGUUAGCUACAGGCUGCUGGUGUUUGCUGUUCUUGCAGUGACUUUGGUUUUGUGGAUUCGGCGCAAUGCGGCGGCUUUACGUCGGCGGGUUGAACCACACGGUCACCCAGAAGGAUUUGAAGGACCGAUUUGAAAAGUUUGGAGAAGUUCUGGAUGUAGAGCUCCGUACCAGGAAGGAUGAGGAAGGUAUUCCUUACAAAACAUUCGCCUACAUCAACAUCAACAUUUCUGAAGCAGACCUGAAGAAAUGUAUGACGGUUCUUAAUAAAUCCAAAUGGAAAGGAGGAACUCUGCAGAUUGAAGCAGCCAAGGAGAGCUUCCUCCACAGGUUGGCUCAGGAGCGUCAGCAGGCAGCAGAUCAUCAUCUUCAAAGAUCUACAACUGAAGCAAAGAAGCAGAAACUUCUGGAUUCAUGGAGCAAAGCUGGAGUCCAAAGCUUCACCAUGAAGGCUGCAGUGCCGGGAUCUGAAGUACCAGGAUGUAAGGACUGGGUGGUCAGUAAAUUCGGUCGAGUCCUUCCUGUGCUGCAGCUCAGGUGUCAGAAAGGCAGCAAAGCUCGAACAGUGAAGUACGACCCGUCAAAGUACUGCCACAACAUCCGCAGACUGGACCGGACCGAUCCAGAUGAGACUCUGUCAGUCACCCAGCUCACCUGGCAGGUGGAGGGAGGGGAUGAUGACAUCAGCAAGAGGAGGAGGGGAGAGUUCCCCCCAUACGAGCCAAUCAAACCCAAGAAGAGUCGCACAGACCCAGGAGACUCUCUUAACACUUUCAGCAGGAUCAGAUCCGAACAGAACACUGAAGUCCAUCAGCUCACCAACGGCUCUGAUCUGCCAACCAACCACAGAGCAGCUCAGAGGGAGGAGAGGUGGUUCCUUGACAGCGACGUCGACUUGGACGAGGAAAUCCGCAGUCUGGUGGCCGCCCAGCAGAGCUCCCAUGAUGCACUGCAGCAGGAGGCGGAAGACAUCGACAACCUGGAGGUGGUGGGACUCGACUACUUGGUGAAAUCAGGAUCCAAAGGAGAUGAGGAAGACUACGACUCUGCUGACACAGAUGAACUGUUUGAGUCCAGGAGAAAUCCACCUGCCCCCCCACAGGAGAAACCUUCAUCACCACCAGCCCAGCAGUUUUCAGACAAGAAGAGACAAAUGAAAAGAAAAACUACGCCUGGAGACGUUUCCUCCAGUAAACCCUCAUCCUCUGUGCAGAGCGAGAACCCAGCUGGCAUCCGUCCCGCGAGAAAACACUCAUCAGAUUCACACAGUGACCAGGAUGAUGAAGAGGAGGAGGGAAACUCUUCAGACUCGUCUUCAGAUUUUGAUUUUCCAGCCCUGUUUUCUGCUAACUCCAACUAUCUGAGGAUCUCCUUGGCUGAUUUACAGAGGCUGGCCGAGAGCAAAGUUCCCAGCAUCCUCGGAUCCGGACUGAAACCGGAAUCUGGCCUCCCGGGGCGACAUGCGCGCAAGGAAGCCAUCACCCCUAACGAGAUCCUCGCCUCCAUCCUGGGGGAGGACAGCAGCGACGAUGACAAGGAACACAAGAAGAAGAAAGUAGAAGGAGUGACAUCAGCGUCUCUGCAGACCUCAGAGGAAACAGCGACGCAGAAGGAAACUUCUCAAACUGACGGGCGUCUGAGGAGGAAGAGGAAACAAGAGCAGGAUGAAGCUUUAGGCAUCCAGAGACAGAAACAUGGAGAAACACCAGAAGCUCUCAGAGAUCCACAGAGCGACUCUUCCUCUGGGAGUGAAGAAGAGGAGGAAGAGUCUGCAGAGGAUCAGCCUUCAUCCAGCAGCUCCUCUGAGGAACAAGAGCAGCAGGCUGGAGCUCCUGCUCCAGGCAGCAAGUCCUCCUCCAGCGAGGAAGAGGAGGAGGAAGAGGAGGCUCCUCCCCGGGUGGCGUUGGCAGCCAAGGAGGAAGAGGAGCUGCAGAGGAAGGCCAACAUGAGGAGGCUGGCUGCUCUCCAGCAGAGGCAGAAGGAGGCUGAGGAGCAUAAGAAGCUCAUCCAGGGAGCUCUGGCCAACCUGGAUGCUCCACCUCCAACCACAGGAAAACGCAUCGUCUUUGGUUCAGACGAUGAGGAGGAAAAACAGGAAGUUGUUUCAGCGGUCGAAGAGUCAAAGAAGCCCCUGUUCCAGGACAGCCAAUCAGAAGACGAAGCCACAGCUGAUGGAGCAGCAGCAGCCAAUCAGAACGCCCCACACAAAGCCGAGCGCCUGAAGCCGUCGGGUCCUCGGCUGUUUGAUGACAGCGAAGAUGAUGAUGAGGAAGGUGAUGAAGAGGAGGAUGGCAGCAGAUUUGACAUCAGGCCGGAGUUUGAAGGUCCAGCUGGACAGAAGCUGAUGGAGCUGCAGUCUCGCUUUGGGACGGACGAGAGAUUCCGGAUGGACUCCCGCUUUCUGGAGGACGAAGAGGAGGAAGAGGAAACAGGUGAGAAGGUUUGGAUGAAGGUCGAGUCAGGAGGAAGAGGAAGGAGGAAGAGGA